AUGUUCCCGUUCCUCCUCUUCUCGCUUCUCCAGGUCGUCCGGGCCGAUCCGUUCUGGAUCGUCAGCCUCGGGCACCUGCUCUCGACGCGUAUGGACCCGGUAGUCAGCCCUGGUGGCGUCUCCACUCAUGUGCACGAGAUUGUCGGCGCGUCGGCAUUCUCCCCGACGUACGACUACGCGACUCUCCAAUCCUCCAAAUGCACCACUGCCAACGUCAAGGUGGACAAGUCCAACUACUGGGUCCCGCAGCUGUACCGAAAGACAUCGUCGGGCCUGCAGCUUGUACCCAACACAUACACCAAUGCCCGGGAGAUCGUAUACGAGUUCCCGCCCGGCUUCCGGAUGCUCGCUGGCGAUAUGGGACGGACCACCUACGACCCCACUGAUCGUGCUCAGGCAGCCAUCAGCUACGUCUGCCUGAACUUCAAGGGGAACGGUGGACCCGAUACGAAUGCCUUCCCGACGCGUAGCUGCCCAGACGGGCUCCGCGCGCAGGUCUACUUCCCCUCGUGCUGGGAUGGCGUCAAUCUCUGGCUGGAAGGCAGCAAGCAUGUCUCCUAUCCGGCCGAGGGCAACUUUGACGGGAAUGGCAAGUGUCCAUCCACGCACCCGAAGCGGCUCGUCAGCGGCGUCUGGAGUCAUGGCGAUACGACUGGCUAUGGUAUGCACGGCGACUUUACCAUGGGGUGGCCCGAAGGACUCUUCCAGAAGAUCUUUGAUCAAGGCGAGGCGUGCAAUGUCGGCUUCAACCUCAAGGGCUGCCCUGCUCUUUCACCGCAUCUCAUGGACGGGGGAGGAUGUGCGCCAGAGAAGCUGGUUGUGGAUGAGAUCAUCGAUCCCGUCUCCAAGCUUCCCGGUAACAACCCGCUGUACGGCUCGGGCGGGUCCAAUCGUCCCGCCUAUACCGAGACUGCCAAGUUCAAGAUUAUCGGUCCAGCAAUCCCCUCAAAUUGGAAGAACCUCGGCUGCAUCAACGAGCCCGCAUCCGGUCGAGCCCUCUCCGCCGCUACAUCCGCAACGGACGACAUGACCCCAACCAAGUGUAUCUCCUUCUGCUCCGGAAAGGGAUACAAGCUCGCAGGUGUCGAGUAUGGUCGAGAAUGCUAUUGCGGCAACGCGCUCACCGGUGUGUCCGAGACGCCCGACGGGACCGCCCAGUGCGGCAUCGCAUGCGCCGGCGAGGGCAAUUCCAAGGGUUUCUGCGGCGGUUCCAGGACGCUAUCGGUGUACAAGUUCUCGGGGAGCGGUACGCCCAGCGUUGGAGCUGCAAGCGGGGGCAGCAUCCAGCCGACCCCAGUCUCCAUCAGGCAGAUCAAAGCUACCACUAUCAGGCAAUGCGGCGUCAAGGGCGAUGCAGGUUAUCCCGGCAACAACAAGGUCAUCACCCUGGCGAAGCGGUCGAGGUGCAGAGAGUAG